CUCCUUUCUCCCUUUCUCCUCCAUCACGCUCUCUGCAUACCCCGGAGAUGGCCUGGCUCUUUGGCCGUGAGUAUAUAUAGGCGUGAAUGAGUCCGGACUCCACAGUACACGUUUACCUUCUAACAUGUUCGCCAGGAUUGCAGCAGUGUUAGCCCUCGCGGUAGGUGCGAUGACAGCGCCGACUGCGAACAUUCCGAUCUUUGCUCUUGCCAGGAAUCCUGACUACACGCCGUCCCCAUACCAAAUUCCAAUCCGCAGCCACGACCCCGAACCUUACCAAGCUCCGGAAGACCGUCCAGUUCAAGAGAUUUACAAUGAGCCGCAAAGAUACCAAGUUCCAGUAACCUACGUGGCCCAAGAGCCUUAUCAAACUGAACAGCGUUACCCGGAAGUGAGACACCGCUCCUCGGCCCCGGCAUAUGGCCCGGGAUCAACUGAUGAAGGCCCUGCUCAGUAUCAUUUCACCUACGGGAUAAAGGACGACUACUCUGGAAACGACUUCGGUCACCAGGAAGCUCGCGAUGGUUACAAAACCGAAGGAAACUAUUACGUGCAGCUCCCCGACGGUCGCCUACAGCAGGUCGAGUACACGGUUGACGGCGACUCCGGCUACGUGGCUGAGGUCAGCUACAAGGGUGAGGCCAAGUACCCCGAGUACAAUCCCGCCCCGGCCUACACGCCAGCUCCAUCCUAUAAGUCUGCCAGGUCUUACCAGCCAGCGUACACCUUCAGGUCCCUUCACAUUCCACCUGUUCGCAACAGUUCGCCUUUGUAUUUUUAACUUCCUUUACUGAAUAGAUACUAUGUUAUGAAAGCAGUGUUUCAGGAGAUACUUGUUAUAUAGAUAUUUGUAUUUUUAUACAUAGAUUUAUCUGGUAAUAAAUCUAUAUUGAAUUUAA